AUGUUAGCCAAUCCACAUAGUAAUCUGCACGAGCGUUAUCGACAACAUCGUCGGCAGAUUUCAACCCCCAAUGCGCUGGAAGCCGCCAAAGUUCCUACCCUUCCAGCACAGGCAUUGCAGCGAAUCAAUGCGCAUCGCCGUGGACAGAGUCUCGACCAACGACCUUUGCACGAUGGGACCGUUUCCAUUACUAACGCAACAGCAACUCAGCAGCACCAAAUCCUUGCUGGAGGAGAACAGCAUCCCCAAUUCUCGCAAUCGGCACAUUUCCCCCAGCACUCCUCUCCCAUGCCCGUGAUGCCUGAAUGCCCGUCUUUGACCUCAGAAGACUUGCAAGCAUUAUCCAAUUCUACCAGCAAUGCGAAUCAUCCGGGCAUGGCUUACAUGAAUUCGAGCUUCUUUGCUAUGGGGAAUCCGAGCUUGGGACUUCGACCAAUGGAUAACAAUCUGAAUCUGAUGCAACAGCAACAGCAGCAAAAUGCCCACGUCUCAUGCGUCAAUAGCCUUGAGGGCCAAAUCCUCGACAACGGUGCCUGGAAUUUCUACCAGCAAGGCCAGCUCCCUACGACGCUUCGGUCUCAAGUCAACAAUCUUUCGGCCGAUGGGAGACGACAGUCUGUUCAGUCAGAUAUCACCCCCUCGCAACGACCACAUACCCCCAAGCAAGCAAAUACGCACUACUUUCCCAUAACGCCAGCGACAACUCCGUUUAAGAAACCGGCGGAACUUGCUCAGUAUAGUACGGACAUGCAGUCCACCCCCACCAAGGAGACAGGCCGCUCUGCACCCGCAUCAGCCCAGUCGGUAUACAUGCAACGAGCCAAAUCCCUCCAAGGAGUUGCGGGGUCUACCUUUUCCAACUCCAAAAUCGAGAUGCCCUCCCCCCCGAACACGGCUUCAUUUGAAAUUGACAAUUUUGAUGCGUUUAGCAGUCAGCAGGGUUCCAGUUUCGAGAUUUCCGAGUCAGAGAAUUUAUCGCAGAGUCACUAUGCCUCGUCGUCAGCAACCUCGUCCUUUCAAUCCUCCCCAGAGCUAGCCGCCAUGCCAAGCCCCGAAGACAAUCACGAGAAGGCUCAUAAGCUGCCCAUCUUCCCUGCCGCGUCCAAUCGGCCAGCGCACAGGAAGGCGCUGAGUACCAGCUCCAGUUCCACCUUGACGAAACCCCGGCUCUCUCCAAGAGUGGCUUCAAUUGAUAGCCUUAACCUUGAUGCUAGGGUUCAUGCUUCUAUCAAAGAGACUGGGAUCACCAUCGAUGAGAUCGCCUCCUACAUCUCUGGCCCUGACCCGGAGGAUGGAAAGUGGGUUUGCCUUCACCCCGGCUGCGAGCGGCGGUUCGGAAGAAAAGAAAAUAUCAAGUCCCACGUCCAAACCCACCUUGGUGAUCGCCAAUAUAAGUGUGAUCAUUGCAACAAGUGCUUCGUUCGUGGACAUGACCUGAAGCGUCACGCCAAGAUUCACACUGGAGACAAACCAUAUGAAUGUCUUUGUGGCAAUGUAUUCGCUAGGCACGAUGCUCUGACUCGGCACAGACAACGAGGAAUGUGCAUCGGCGGUUACAAGGGUAUUGUGCGCAAGACAACCAAGCGUGGCCGUCCAAAGAAACAUCGACCAGAGUUGGAGGAGAGACAGGAUAAGGCAGCCAAGACACGCCAGAGAGUCGCCGAAAAGUCAUCCCAUGACUCCUCGUCCGGGUGUGUUGAUUCCCCCAACUCGCCGCCUUCCGAAAUCCUUGAAAAUAUGAGUCUUCACGGGGGAUCGAGCCCUAAAGAGAAUAUGCCCGCGUUCAUUCAGCCCAACUUUUCCUUGCCUCCAUCGGCGUUUACUUUCACGCCUCCUGCGUCUCCCCGACAGAGUCUUGGAAACCAGCCAUCGCCCGCUCAGAGUCGCCGCUCACUCACGCCCAGUAGCGAGGAUGAAAUGCUGCCUUUGUCUCCCUCCAAGCGCCCCCUCGAGAAGAUCGUUGAAGAACCGAGCCUGCCUUUCACUUCGAGUGCCGACCCAUACACCGAUAUUGCUGCCUCCACCGCGGAGCUGUCUUCUCCACAUACGGCUCCCACCUUGGCUGAUUCGUCUCACGGCUCCGACCUCGAUAUUUUCAUCAGCACGGAUAGCUCCGCCAAUUUCAAGCAUGAAUUUCCCGAUCUGAGUGACCCCGACAUGGCCGCUUUCCCCGACUAUGUCAAUGGGUCUACCUUCGAACCCGGAAUGGAUCUGUUCUCGAGCAAGACAUUCUCUGCCGGUACCUCGAUGAACGAGGACUUCUUUUCACUCCAAUUCCAGGUUGAUGAUAUGACCAAAGAAUUCUUCAUGGACUGCUAG